GUUUUGAGUGGUCAACAGAACGCUCGGUGGUAUUUUCUAACUGUCACUAUAAAAAAUUGUGUUUUAUCAAAAGCGUGACCUUUGUAUCACGAUUUUGAUACGUCCAACAUGAUAAUAAAUUACAUUAUUUAUUUUACAUGUAAUACUGUUGGUUAUAUAUUGCUGGUUAACGGAAUGAUAAAUCUAACCUCAUAAUCAGGGUAUUUUAUAUUUUAAAAGUAUUUAAAAAGAAUGCGUGAAUAAUUAUUAUUUAUACGCAUUAUAGAGUCUUUGAAUAUCCAUUAAAUAUUAUAACAUUUCUAUUUGCUGAAAAUAUUGAUUUGAAAAAGAAAAGUUUAGUGCUAGAGAAAACAUAGAUUCUGACUAAGGAUAUAGAAACUGCGUGGGUUUACUAAAAAAUAUAUAAAAACCACCAAAAUGAUUUCUCAAAUGCCACAUGUUAUGACUCUUGCAAACAGCAUCAUUGGAGUAAGCGUUCUUGCAAUGCCAUUUUGUUUCAAGCAAUGCGGUAUUGUUUUAGCUAUUGUAGUCUUGAUAUUGAGUAGUACUUUGUCUAGACUUGCUUGUCAUUUUCUUAUUAAAUCAGCUGUGAUGUCUAGAAGACGAAAUUUUGAACUUUUGGCUUUCCAUGCGUUUGGUCAUAUGGGCAAAUUUUUAGUGGAAUUAUUUAUCAUUGGUUUUCUUGUGGGAACAUGUAUUGCUUUCUUUGUUAUUAUGGGUGAUUUAGGACCACAAAUUGUGAGAAAAGUAAUAGAUAAGAAACCAGAGGAUAUUAGGACCAGUUUACUUAUAACAACAAGCAUUUUCAUAGUUUUACCCUUGGGAUUGCUUAGGAAUAUUGACAGUUUGUCUACUCUUUGUACUGCUACCAUUAUCUUUUAUCUUUGUCUUGUAUUAAAGAUAAUAACAGAAUCUAUGCAGCAUAUUUUUGCUGGAGAUUGGUAUGAACAUGUAUAUUAUUGGAGACCAUCUGGUAUACUCCAAUGCAUACCUAUCUUUUCUAUGGCUUUAUUUUGUCAAACCCAACUAUUUGAAAUCUAUGAAACUAUACCAAAUGUAUCUUUAGAAAAAAUGAAUGAAGUUGUACGAGGUGCAUUAAAUAUAUGUACUAUUGUAUAUCUUUGUGUUGGAUUCUUUGGUUAUAUUGCAUUUUGCACACAGCCAUUUACAGGCAAUAUAUUAAUGAGCUUUGAACCCAGUUUGUCAUCUGAAAUGAUUAAAAUGGGAUUUGUGUUUUCAAUUGCAUUUAGUUUUCCUCUAGUCAUAUUUCCAUGCCGUGCAAGUCUAAACUCUCUCUUAUUUCGCAGGGUGUAUGCUCAUGAACCCUCUAUAAAUUAUUUGCCAGAAACAAGAUUUAGAUGUCUUACUAUCAUAAUUGUAGCUGUUUCUCUAAUAACUGGCAUUCUAAUACCAAAUAUUGAAUUUGUUCUUGGUUUAGUAGGAUCUACCAUUGGUGUAAUGAUUUGCUUGAUAUUUCCAGCAAUAUUCUUCAUAUCUAUUAGUAGCAAACAUACUAAUGAGAGAUUAUUAGCUCAAGUAAUCAUGUUUGUUGGUAUCUGUAUUAUGAUUCUGAGCACAUAUGCAAAUUUGUAUGCAUUAGAAGAAUCUACUAAUAUAAAGAUAUUAACACCAACAAACAAUCCUGCUAAUCAAAUAAAUAGUAUACCAUUAAACUUAAAUAAGGAUAAUAUUAAUGCAAUAGCAAAUGUUCCUAAUAAUCCUGAAAUUCUUCCAAAUAUUAAGGAGGAAAUGAGUCAGUUAUCAGGCUUAAAUGUUCCUGAGAAUUCUUUAAAAGUGCAAGUAAAUGAUAUGCGACAAGAACCGCCAAUACCAGUUGAACGUAUUGUUAUUACAGAAAAGUCAAUAGUAGAAACACAAAAGUCUAUUGACAAUAUAUUAGUUACUUUUGCUCCAGUUAUUAAAAAAAUAGUUGAUCAAAUAAAAACGGUAGAUACAGAUUUUCAUAAAGAAUCAAACAAUUUAGUGAAGAAUGAUAUUAUAAUAACAACAGAAGUUGCCACUGAAGAUAAGGAAGAAAUUAAUCUUAUGAAGAAGAAAGAAAGUUUUAUAGAUAAAAGAAAACAGUAUAAUCUUAUAAAUUCUGACGCAAUUAAAAAAGAAGAUUCAGAACUAGCUGCUUAUGCAGAGGCUGCCAAUAUGUUAGUUGCAGAAAAACAUGAAAAACUUAGAAAAACUUUAGAAAAACACAAACAAGAACAACUGCAAAUGAUGGAAGAACAGAAAGAAAUAUUAAAAGAUCUUAAAGAACAAAAACAAGAAAUUGAGAGGCAGAGGCAAAAAGAUACAGAGGAACAUAAAAAAGGCAAAAAUGAUUUAAAGGUUCUUAGUGGAAAAUCUGUCAUACAAGCAAAAAUGAAUUCUACAAUCAUAAGUAAUAGUAACGAAAAUGAAUCCUUCAAAAACCAAAGGGAAAAUAUCAAUGACAAAACUUUUAAGUCAGCUCUUUCUAACAAUGAAAACAUGAAUAAAAGGCAAAAUAUUCAAUUGGAUACAUACCAAAUGCUAUUUGAGAACAAGUUAAAUAAUAAAAAGCUUAAGGAAGUAGAAGUGAGUCCUAAUAAUUCAGAAAAAUUACUUAAAGGACCUAUCUUGAAUGCUUUGACAAAACGAGUAUUACAAAGAUCUAUUUCCACUGAUGACUUAAGACUAAACAAUAGUGAAACUGACUAUAAUAAAAAUAAUUUUAGCAAUAUAAUUUCUAAUUUACAAGGAAAGUUAAAUUUAAAGUUAGAAAAAUUACAGCAUCAAUAUUCCUUACCAAUCGCAUUAAAAAUGCGAAACCAAACAAAUAUAGAGAAUUCGUUAGAAGAACAUAAGUCCGAGGGAACCGUUCAACUAAUUCGUAGAGAUAUUUUAGAGAAUCAUGAACGUGAAAAGCGAGAAAUUAAUAUAAGAAUAGAAGAAACUAAUACCAAAGUCACAAGUGAUAUCUCAAAUAAAUCUGAACAUCUAAUAAAAAAUUUCACCACUAAGGAUAAUCGCGAAGAAUGUUUUAAAGGAAAUGAAAAAGUUGAAAGAAAUUUAAUAAAUAAAUUAAAGAACAAAACAAACCAGAACUCUUCCGAAAAUGAUAUAGCUGAAACAUCAUUGAUUAAAACUAAUAUGUAUUUGUCAGAACAAGGAUUUGGAAACGCAGUUUCAAUCGAUUCGAACAUUCCUGUAAGAGGAGAAUAUGUUAAAUUGAAACAGAGGGAUUUAAAAUUCGUGAAUAUCGGUGAAGAUUAUAAUAUCUAAAUUUUUGGAGACCUGAUUAGAUAUAAUUCGUAUGAUAUAAAGUAUGCAGCAGAAUUUAAUUUUUUAAAUACUAAUUAGCAGUUAGUAUAAUCUUACUUUGUUAUUGUUCCAUUUUGUUCUAUUCAUAAAGUACAUAUUCAAAACAGAUGAAACGGAUAAUUUCAAUAUUGCUAAAUGUUAUUUAUAUUAUAUAGCCACAUUGCAUAUUGUACAUUGUACAUAUCAUUAUUCUCCUAUGUAAUCAGUGAAUAAUUGAAAUUAUAAAUAUAUUUUUACAUUGAA